UGGCAUCGUCGCAACAUCAUGGGCAGCGGUCUCUCGGUCGAGGAAAACUCGAUGCUGUACGUCGACGCGCACGGGUCGCUCGGCCUCAAAGAGAGCUACGUCGCACCGCUCGAGGCCUCGAUGGACCUCGAAAUCAAGCGCCCGCUCGUCACAAAGGAGCACGAAGCCCUCAUCCACAAGCACUGGGCCGUCGUCUGUCGCGGCACGGCGGCCUUUCAGAAAGAAAAGCACUUGACACCGACCAAGUUUUUCGCCUCGACCUUCUACGCCACGCUCUUCAAGGCCGCGCCAGGGGUUCGCCCGAUGUUUCGGUCGUCGAUGACGGUCCAAGGCAAAGCCCUCACGGGGCUCGUCGCGACGCUGGCGACAGUGAUCAAAGCCAACAACGUCGCCGAAGUCUGCAUCGGCCUUGCACGCAUGCACGCGCGGUAUGGUGCGACAAAAGCCCACUACACGGGCGUCGGUCUUGCGCUCCUCGAGACGCUGCAGGCAGUGAGCGCCAACGAGUGGUCGGCCGAGAUCCGCACCGCGUACUUGACGUCGUACUGUCUCCUCUACUACUUGAUGCUGCCGACGAUCAUCGAGACGCCGCGGCGACCGCUCCAGCCGAGCCUCCCGGGACACGUUGCGCGCAAAGAGCGUCUCGCGCACGGCGUCAUGAAGCUCUCGAUCGCCCUCGACUUUCCUCUCCGGUACCACGCUGGCGACUCGAUUCUUCUGGGCUUGCCAUUGCCGAGCGGCGAAGAAGUCCGGCGCAGCUACGUGCUCACGAGUUUGUUUGACGCGGGCCACACCAACAGCAUCGACAUUUGCGUCGAGGCGCAUGGUGACGCGUCGCGGUGGCUCGUCGACGCACCAAUCGAAACGGUCCUCAACGUCUAUUGGAUCAAUACGGGCGUGCAUUUCGAGACUGACACGUUUACGAGCAUUCCGCACCGCCUUCUCUUUGUGAGCCAUGGCCUCGGCGCCGCGCCUCUCUACGCAAUGGCGAAAGGCUUGUACGCGAUUCGGAGCCAGUACGAAGGGGACAUUUGCAUGCUCCAAGUGUUUGAGGACGCGCCAAUCCCGUACUUUCAGAAUGUGUGCGCGGACGGCCCAUGGACCAACUUGAAGGUUGCGACGACGACGUCGCUGACGAAAGAGAUUUUGCUCGAGCUCGCGACCGAUGUGGCCGCGCGCCACUUGUACGUGGCGGGACCGCCAGCGUUUGUGGAUGCCACCUCGCGCCUCUACAUUGAGAACGGCGGCGACGAACAGAAUAUUGUCGUCUAUUCAUUUGACAAUGCGCCGUUCCUCGCCGACGCUGCGUCCGUGUAAACUACGUAAGCACUGACGACAUAGCUCCAAGUCGAAUUGUGUCGUGCAUCACGAAUGCGUUACAGGCUGAACUAAACUCAAAGACGAGUUGUGUUGUGCA